AUGGUUAAAAACACAGAAACACCUUCCAGAAGUACCAAGUCUUUUCUCUGUAUACCUACUCUCACACCAACAUUACAUCGAUUAACUGUAAUUCAAUAUCACGACGUAGAUGCAACCGACAACGAUGUGAAAGGAAUAUUUAGUAUGUUUCUCAGAGUUUUCCAUGAAAUUAGGAUGCACGAAGAUUUAGCCAUGGGAGAAAUAUACAUAAUAGAUCUUGAACGUAUUAAAUUUUCAGUUAUUUCACGGCUAACCCCUAUAUUGUUUAAAAAAGUGGGAUUUGUUUUGGAGAAAAUACACAGCUCCCGCAUGCACGCCUUGUAUUUUUACAAAGCUCCUACAGUUUUUCAUAGUGCCUUACUUUUGUUUAAGUCUUUUUUGCCCAAGAAGCUAUCUGACAGGGUCCACAGUUAUCAAACAUUGGAUGAAAUAAAAAAGCAUGUACCUGUGGAACUUCUUCCUUGUGACUAUGGUGGCCAACAAAAAUCUAUUAAAGAGCUGCAGAGUCUAUGGAAACAAAAAAUUUUUGAAUAUAAAAAUAGAUUUGAUUUACUAGAAACUAUGAAAGUAGACGAAUCACUGCGACCAGACAAGCUAAAAAAUGAUGAGAUUUUAGGAUAUUAUGGCAAUUUCAAAAAAAUAGACACAGAUUAA